AUGUUGCGCCGUCAAACCCGUGAGCGACGAGACUAUCUCUACCGGAGAGCUCUAACCCUCCGCGAUGCCUCUAUCGCCGAAAAGCGAGCUCAACUGAAGGCGUCGCUGGCCUCCGGCAAACCCCUCGAUCCCUCUAUCGCCAAUGACAAAUCCCUGCGCGAAGACUUUAAGUACGAUGAAUCGCUAGACAGUGCAGACAAGGACGCCGAUAAGGUGGACUUGGACGACGAAUAUGCGCUCACCUCGGGUAUCGCCGACCCUCGCCCUAUUGUCACAACUUCUCGCAGCCCCUCUGUCCGCCUCGGUACCUUCGCCAAAGAAAUCCGUCUGCUUCUGCCCACCGCGAUCCGUCUGAACCGUGGUAAUCUCGUCCUGCCCGAUCUCGUCUCGAGCGCGACCGCCGCAGCGCUGACCGACAUGAUCCUCCUGCACGAACAUCGUGGUACGCCUACGGCGAUGACCAUUUCCCACCUGCCACACGGCCCCACGGCCAGCUUCUCCCUUCACAAUGUCGUUCUCCGUGCCGAUAUCCCCGACGCGGCUCGCGGAACCGUCUCCGAGAGCUACCCCCAUCUCGUCUUCGAGGGGUUCACAACCAAGCUGGGCCUCCGUGUGGUGCAAAUCCUGAAGCAUCUGUUCCCGCCCCGCGAGGAUGGCAAGGUUGGCAAUCGGGUCGUCAGCUUCGUGAACAAGGAGGACAGUAUCGAGGUGCGACACCACGUCUUCGUCAAGACCGGAUAUCGGGAUGUGGAGCUGGCGGAAGUUGGCCCUCGUAUGACCAUGAGGCUGUUCGAGAUCCGUGGAGGCUCCCUGGAGAAGGGAUCUAGCGGUGAUGUGGAAUGGGCCCUCACGCAAUACACGAGGACAAGCAAGAAGAAGGAUUAUCUGUGA